UGCAAGCUACCAGCCCAGCUUGCGUGCUCUAAGGUUCGGGCCGUUUGCCAUGGCAUCAGGGCGCCUAAGCCCAUGACACACUUAGAUCAGACGCACUUCGACGCUUCUCUGAAGGAGCGCUUGCGUUCCCUGGGGUUCCGCAGCCCAUCAUGCAUUCAGUCAGUGGUCUGGCCAGCGGUGUUAACAGGCAGAAAUGUGGUGGCAGUGGCCACGCCGCACACGGGCAAGACACUUGCCUACCUGAUACCACUGGUGUCGAGGAUGCUUACGGAGACCGACUACCUUCAACUGCCUUCAGGCUGUGGUCCCCUGAUGCUGAUCUUGACAUCCACAUGGCAAGGAGCGCACCGCAUUUACGAGCAGGUUAACUUGCUGGUUGAAGAAGACACCAAGUGUCCCAAGUGCUGUGUUUUGUAUGCUGGAGGGUCAGAAGAUGGAAAAGAGAUACCAAUCAUCAAUGGCUGCGACAUACUAGUUGCUACUCCUCACAGCUUUCUGCGUUUCUUGAACAACUAUGAGAGACUCAUUGUUAACAUGUAUCGGUGCUGUCAUUUGGUCCUGGAUGAUGGUGAACGGCUGCUGGAGAAGUACACUGCAGAGGUGACUGCCGUGCUUGAGGAGUUUCGGGAGUGCCAGAAACAACGCCAGUCGUGCCUCCACAUUUCUCAAAUUAUAGUCUGCUCAACUAUGUGGACCAGUGGCCUGAACUGGUUCUUACGUACAUAUAUCGCUCAGCAGACUCCCCUGGUCAUUUUUUCGUCCUUCUCUGAGGCUGCCAUCUAUGCAGCAGUGCCCACAGUUACCUGCUAUGUUGAGCCACAUUCGCAGAACGACGCUUUACUGAAAAUUGUAAAAGCCAACAUCGGCCGAAAAGUGGUGGUAUGCGCUGCAGGGAGGGAGACGGCCAUUGCUGCACAUCAUUUGCUCGUGUCGCAAGAUUUGUACUCUCUGCUUCUUCAUGAUGAGCUUCCAGGGGCCAAGAUCUCUGAGGUGUCAAGUGAAUGGACGUCCGAGCACGCCAAGGUCGACAUGCCCAUCCUUGUGAUCCAGGACAAGGUGCUGCCUCUGACCAACAUUCGAGAUGCUGCUGUUCUUGUCCACUACGACAUACCCGAGUUAUCCCAGUUUAACUUUGGCUUUCGGUACUCGUGCAUUGCUGACCAUAUGCGGUCUUUCAGAGAUGAGGAGGAUUUCUAUACACCUGAAGGACCAGUGGCCCACAUGAUACUAUCAAGUAACAACAGGAGUAUUUCUGUACAGCUUAUGGAGUUCCUAAACAGGCUAGGUAGCAAGGUACCCGAUGGACUGGCUCAGUUAGCCACUGAAGAGCAAAUGCAAGUCUCAUCUAGUGCUGAACAGCCGUUGUGCCCCAACCUCAAGGCUUUUGGCCGUUGUGAAAGACAGUCAAGCGAGAGUCACUGCUCAUACCGACACCAUAUUCUGCCCAAGGCAGACCAUGCACCAUGCUGGUCUUACCUGCCCAGUCAGGGAAGCGUUCGGAUUUCAAUAACAAAAGUGACAAGCGCUUCACACUUUUACGCACAGAUUCUGCAGCAGCGGAAUAUGCCAUCUGGAUCAGCAAAUGGUAACAAGCUGGAGAUGAAAGAUAAUCUGGAGCUUCAGGAAGCCAUGUCACUUUUAAGUGAGUACUUCUCUAAUGUGGAAAACCGUGUGCCUCUGGAUGAAAAGGCCACACCUACAGUUGGCCAAGUUUAUGGCCUGGAAGCCAGUGCAGACCAAUUUGAGAGAGUCCUGGUAACUUCAGCGACUUCGAGCACCCCGGCCCCAGCCAGUGUGACUGUGACACACCUCGACUACGGCGGCCAGUCGACUGUGUCCACAACUCGACUGUUCCCUCUUCCACCAAGACUCGCGAUGAUACGGCCUUUGGCAGUGGAAGUGUAUUGCUGUGGCAUGCAGCCUCCAGACAAUGAUCUCAGCUGGACUUUUCAGGCAGACUUCAGGGCACAUAACCUUUUCUUCAGGAAGGAGCUUGUUGGCGAGAUUGUGCUGCGCCUGGGCAACACUCUGUGGCUUGACGGACUUGUAUUUCAAGAGAAACUGAGGUUUGUCGACACUCGGGUGUCGCUACGAAAUUUGAAAACCACCCUUGUCAAGGAGGGCUUUGCCAGCAAUAACCCCUCACACAUGGAGAGGCUGCGCAAGAUGGCUGCUGAUGCGGGAGUAACUGUGCCUCCACAUCCUGCAGAGGUGGAAGGUCAAAGCAGUGUCAAUAGCGGAUUGGAUGCCACUCUAAAGCGUCCGUGCACCACACACCUUGACACAAUGGAUUACGAUCAUGUUUACCUGUGGAAAGUCGCCUCUCCUUCUCAUUUCUAUGUACAGCCAUGCAAGUUCAUUAAAAGUCUUGAUGAUCUUGAGAAGGACAUUGAGAAUGCUGUACAAAGGCAAAAACUUAAAAAGCUGAAAUCUGUGCAUAAUGGAGUGCUCUGCAUUGCUCGUUGCAGCAAUAAUUGCUGGUAUCGUGGUGAAGUGCAAGAAAUUCUCAACGAUGAAGAAGUUGUCGUCUCUUUUCAUGACUACGGAGAUUCUGAAACCUGUCGUCUGAAUGACUUGCUAGAGCCGCUUCCGUGGAUGAUGCUGCUGCCCUAUCAGGCCCUUUUGUGCAGCCUGGCUGGCCUUGGCCCCACAUUGGAGGAGUGGAGCCCAAAGGCCCAGUGUGUUCUUGAAGACUUUGGCUAUGAUGACAACAAUUUCAACCGUGUCUUGUGUCUCAGAGUUGCAAGAAAAAGGGCUGGAGAUCAGCCGGGGACCAGCCACUAUGAGGUCUUUUUGUUCAACAGUUGCAGCUCGGAGAGAAUCGGUGCAAGCGAUGUGCUUGUUAUGCAAGGACUUGCUGUACCAACGGAGGUGCCCAAGCUCGACUUUGAUAUCAGUGUUCCACAUGAGUCAGCGUUUCAGAAGGAGGAUGUUCUCCAACAAAGUGAAUCAGAUGACGACGAUGAGUGGGCGACAUCUGAUGAUAAAAAGCAGAAAAAAAAUGAGUUGAGCUCAUUAUCUAAUGCUUUACGAGAGAUUCUGAUGCAAGCACCUAGUGAAGAUGAGACGGCUUGUAAUGAAGCAGAAAAUGAGUCAGCUACUGAGCUUUUACACAGGAUUCAGGCCACGGUAGCGACAAAUUCGCAGACGGAGAUAGCGUGUGUCCUUCCAAGGCUAUGGCAGCAAAUUUAGAAGAUGAAAAGCAAAGUCGUAAAGUGGGCUCAUCAAUGCAUGAGAAUAGUGAACGCCUGUCCACAGCCACCCCAUCAUCAUCAUCUGCACAAGGUCGUCGUAGUGACAGC